GAAAACAGAUUGAAACACUGUUUAUUCGUGCACUACAACAACCAACCUCGCCUCUAGUGAAAACGAGGCGGUGUAAACAGAAGUCUGGAACAUGAAAAGAUCGGGUGACAGUGAGGGGGAGAAGAGAAGAAAGAGGCGGAAGCUACUGCAGGAGUUGGGAGACCAGAAGAUCCCCUUUCUGGGACCUUCAGAUCGGGGCUAUCAGCAACUGUGGGACUCCAGUUACUCGGGCCUGGCCCUGAGGAGAUCCCCCUCGCUGCCCGCCGGCCUCCACGCUCGCGUCCAGGCGGCUCUGUUCACGCUGAGGAGGAAGGGCUGCCUCCUGCGAGACUUGGUUCGCAUCCGCGAGCGGGACGUGUUCACCGCCGUCUCGCGCGCGCUGCUGGGCGAGCCGGGCCACACCUAUCGCUACCUGGACACGCGGCUCUUUGCCAUCCCCUGGCACCGCGAGGACGGCGAGGUCAAAGGCCGCCGCUGCUGUGACCCCGAGUUCAGGGCCGCGUGCCAGGCGUUGUGUGAGCUCAACGGCUUCUUCUGCUCCGACGUGCCUCUGCUGAAGGAAGGGGACCGGCUUACGCAGUGGGCCAAGGGCGAGGCAGAGGCCGAGGCCAAGCGGGGCGAGGAGGGGGACACGGGGUCCAAACACAGCGAGGAGUCCAGAAACAGCGAAGGGGUUGACUCUGAGGAGGGGGACGCAGAGUCCAAGCACAGCGAGGAGUGGGACAUUGAGUCGAAACACAGCGAGGAGGGCUGCUCCGGGUCCAAACAGGAAGGCGGAUGGGACACGGAUUCCAAACCCAGCAGUGAGGAGGACGAGUCCUGCCAGGUCCAGAAAAGCGAACCGGGGAUCGCGGGGUUACCGCAGCGCAGUGAGGGAAAACUCCCCGGCUCGGCGCCGAGUGCCCUCGCCGGCACGGAGGUUAAACCUGCGGCACCAAGGGCCCGGGAGAAAGCGGUGGCCCAACUCAAGCACAGCUUGUCGGAUCACCACCUGGAGGACAGGGAGGAGCAGGCCGGCGGGCAGGGGUGUUCCCAGCCGAGUCCCCGACAGGUCCGCACCGGUCCGGUGGAGUUCAACGUCACCUUACUCAACUACAUGGACCCCGCCGCCAUGAGCCAGCUCAAAGAGGAGCCGUACUACGGCAUGGGGAAAAUGGCGGUCGGCUGGCACCACGACGAGAACCUCAUCAGUCAUUCUCCAGUGGCCGUUUACAGCCACAGCUGUCACAAUGACAAAGGUGAGAGCGGUGAGGGAGGCAGCGGGGAGAAGGCAUGCUGGAGGAUCGGGCUCAAGGUAGCCUGGGACAUCCGCACACCUGGCCUGACGCUGCCGCUGGAGUCUGGAGACUGCUACUACAUGAGAGACGACCUGAACAGCACCCACCAGCACUGCGUCCUGGCUGGAGAGAGCGCCCGCUUCAGCUCCACGCACAGGGUGGCCGAGUGCUCCACUGGGACCUUGACCUACAUACAGUCGCGGUGUCAAGAGGCCCUGUCCAACCUGCACACUGACCCAGAGACAGGCUCCCACAGCCUGCUGGCCCUGCUGCCGACAACGCUGCGGCACUGUGAGGAGAUUCACAAUGAGGUGGAGUUUGAGUGGCUGAGACAGUACUGGUUUCAGGGCCAGCGCUUCGCCCGCUUCUGCAGCUGGUGGACCGGACCGAUGGAGCAGCUGGAGAAGGACUGGAAGCUCAUGGAGACGAUGACUUUGCUCUUCCUGGACGCAGUGGAGGAAGAAGAGGAGGGUCACGAAGUAGAGGGAAGGAGGGACAUGGCAGACAUCCUCCUGUCUGCCUUGAUAGACAGACAGCAGCAAAGACAGACGUGGAGAGACAGGUGCCACUCGAGUCUGGCGCGGACGUUGCCCCCCGAGGAGGCCCCGGUGGACUGGCCCUUCUGGGGUGCGGAUGACCCCCACAUGCCGCUGCCCUUUGAUCUGGCCGACAUCAUCAACAGAGUGGAGUCGCUGCUCUGGAGGAUGUGAAGGAUGGAUUGAUGAAGAAGGAUCCCACCAAGAUUGAUUUUGUUUUGAUUGGUUCAUCUACACCCCACAUCCACCCCUUCCCUUACUCCACUGACCCCGGCAUGUGUCGGCCACCUCCGCCUGAAAGGAAACAAAGGCCACCACAAUAGAACCAGAAUGGCGCUUCAGUAACAUGCCAACAACGCAAGCUUAGAAUCGAGCCCACAGUGUCACCACGGUCAAAGCAAACACAAUUGGAAACGGCGUUUGAGUGGUACCAUACAUUGUGUAACUAUGUAUUAUUUCAGUGUAUUCUGUUACUUAAUCUCAUAUAACCAAGGAAUGCGUUUAUCCAUCAUUUCUCAGUAUUCACGAUGCAGUUCAAACAUAAAUGCUUUAUAUUUGUCACAGUGUUAUAGAACAAUAUCGAAUAGUUCAUUAAAAGAAAAACUCACUUUGCUCACAUAGUAUAUAUAUUCUUCACUUGUAUAUUGUAACCCCCUCAUGUUGUCUUCAGAAAUGGAAUGAGACCGACGUGACCAAGGAAAGACAAUGAUAAGAAGCUUAUGUCAUGAAUGGCUGUUGAGCCACGUGACCAUACAUGUGAUCGGUUGUCGGCCUGUGCGUUUGUGCGCGCUUCCUCUGCCACAUGCGCGUCGGCGACGGAGUGUAUGAGCGCGAUAGCGCGUGUGAGAGCCGGUAGGCAGCCUGCCAGUUGUGUGUUCUUGGAAGAUUUGCAUAGAGAGACGGAGGCUAGCAGCGGGGGCCCCUGCUCCUCCGCUCUGAUGAAAGGCAACACCGACAGAAUGACCCGCAACACAACCGCCGUUUCUCAUAAUUACAGCUGUUCAGUCGCUUUUAAUUACUCUUAAAAGUGUGUAGAGCACCACAUUCCCCUGUAAUGCUGCAGGCCAUCCGAGUGAGCGAGAGAAAGAUCCGGCGCUUCUGACAAAAUCCACUUUGAAAAACAGCUAAAAAAAAGGGCGGAAAAGGGGGGGCUGACGUCAGAGCAGCGCUACUUGAUUCCUUCUCUCUAUCUAGUUCACGAUGAAGUAGAGGUGCUUUUUACUUUUCAAAAUGCACUCCUUUUUUGUUUUUUACACUUCUGAAGUUUUCCAAGACGUUAAUGGUUGCCAAACGCCGUUCUUCCUGCUUCUUCCUUUGCUGCGCCUUCCUCGUUUGUUGUUGUCGGAGAUUCGUUUGUAGAUGGGAAGUAGCGCUGACUUGUUCAAAUCACUCAGUGCUCUCUGUGCCACAGCUUGUCUGUAGGAAUGGCAGUAAAUAAAAGAGAAAAUGUUUUAUCCAAUAA